AUGGUGAUUACGGUCAGAGAUGCGUGGUGCGCGAACGAGUCGUUGGUGCUGUUCGACACGGAUGAGACAGCGAAGACAUGUGCCCCAUGGGAGAAGUUUUGUGUGACUGCUGUGAAUACGAUAAACAAGGCUUUCACGUCAGUAAGUCGGGGAUGUGGUGAACGUUGCUCGGAAUUGUGCGAAUCGGUCGGCUACGGUCAUGAUCAAGUAAGUUGCUGUUUCGGAAGGUUAUCUAAUAGUUCGGCUGAUGUCACUGAGUCAAUGGGAUAA